UCUUUCCCAAUCCACCUCUCCGCCACCCUCCCCCUCUUUCCCAAGUCAUCUCUCUGCCCCCUCCCCCUCCGUGUCCCAACCCACCUCUCCGCCACCCUCCCCCUCUCUUUCCCAAGUCAUCUCUCUGCCCCCCUCCCCCUCUGUGGCCCAACCCACCUCUCCGCCACCCUCCCCCUCUCUUUCCCAAGUCAUCUCUCUGCCCCCCUCUGUGGCCCAACCCACCUCUCCGCCACCCUCCCCCUCUCUUUCCCAAGUCAUCUCUCUGCCCCCCUCCCCCUCUGUGGCCCAACCCACCUCUCCACCACCCUCUCAAUCUGACCCACCCUCUGUAAGCUCCUCCCCCUUCCAUCCUCUUUCACAAAUCCACCCUCCUUCCCCCAUCCUGCCUCCUUCCCCCAUCCUGCCUCCUUCCCCCAUCCAGCUGCCAUCCCCCAUCCAUCCAACAUCCCCCAUCCAGCUAACAUCUCCCAUCCAGCCGACAUCCACCAUCCAGCCAACAUCUCCGCCAUCAGAAUGGGCAGCAGAGGCCCCGGAGCCACUUGAGGGAGGUGGGCAAGUGGCAGAGGAGAAUGUGGCAGUUGGAGAUCCCAGCAGUUUGGCUGCUAUUGUUUCCUGGCUUAAAGGAAGGGAACCUGAGGACCGUGAUUGAGGACCUGGAAAAUUUUGAAAAAAAAUUCUAAGCAUCAUGCCUCCUGUGCCUCUAGAAGAUCGUUCGGCUCCCCUGCCCCGACCCCGUUCUCUUCCUCUGCGGUCUAUGCCACAUCCACGGAUGGCACCUGAAGUCAGAGGUCUGCAGCCUGGACACAGAGCACCAUCUCAUGCUGACCUCACUUUGCCUGGGACGCUUCCACAAACUCAACCCCCCCGCUGGCCACGGGAACCUUGUUCUCGUCGGAGGGGUUCUCCUCCAUCAACUUCCCCACGCUCACCAUCAUGUUUCCGUUGGGCUCUUCACCCAUUAAAAUGCGGCUGCAGAGGCUGUUGGCGUCUACUUCGCCCUCCAAGGAAGUCUGUGGGCUCCUCUUGCAGCUGUGAUCCAAUUGUGACUUUUGACCCACAAUUCAUGGGGAGUUCAAGGGUGAGCUAUGACGAGGAUGAUGAUUACAGUGUACGGGCCAUUUGGCCUGAUGAGCUGGCACGGAAAAUUAUGUCUCGGACAAGAGGAGGAAUGCUUGGUGGAACACCACUGUUGCUGGACUGCAGAGGAUUAGAAGGACUGGGGGUAGAUAAGCCAGUGCCACCUCAUUCUCCUCCUCCACCCUCAACACCACCACCCCCCAUGUCUCCAGUUGGGGGGUCCAACAGAAGACUUCAAAGUUUGUACCUUCUCCUGGAACCCUUAAGUGAAAAGGAGAGUUCUGGAGGAGCAAGGGUUCUGGCUGAGCCCCUCACUGAUGACUGCGUUUCUGCAACAGAAGUGUCCCCUGCUUCCCCGUUGUCUCCUGACCUUGAGAAAGCUGAAUUGAGCCCCAUCUUGCCUUUCCUCUUUCUGGGCAAUGAAAAGGAUGCCCAAGAUCUAGGCCAAAUGGUCACUCUCAACAUAGGACAUGUUUUGAACGUUACCACUCAUCUGCCCUUGUACCAUGCUGAAUCUGGGGCCUUGCGUUAUAAAAGAUUGCCAGCCACGGACAACAGCAAGCAGGACCUCCGCCAGUACUUUGAGGAAGCCUUUGAAUUCAUUGAAGAGGCGCAACAGGAAGGUAAAGGAGUACUUAUCCACUGCCAGGCUGGGGUCUCUCGUUCUGCCACCGUGGUCAUUGCAUAUCUGAUGAAGCACACUCUGAUGACUGUGGGAGAUGCCUACAAGUUUGUGAAGGGGAAACGUCCAAUUAUAUCUCCCAACCUAAAUUUUAUGGGGCAGCUACUGGAGUUUGAGUCAGACUUAAACGCAGGAGUCACCCCGAGGAUCCUGGUCCCCAGACUGAGGGGUGUUGAGACUGAUGUAUGAAAAAGGAGACAGCAAGCGAGUAGUGAGGGAUGGUGGUAUGCCACUGGAAGAGUGGGGAAAUUAGCAGAAUGAAGAGGCACUGUGAGACACAAUUAAUCUACUGACAAAACCAACCAAAAAUAGAACAUUGACAGCCUGGAGCCUGUAAGAAAUGCAGAGUCAGGAACUACCAGGCAUGCAGCCUUGCUUCCACAGAAAAUGCAGCUUCAGGACCCAGCAGAGUUGCUGCUCACUCACAGUAAAGACCUACAGCUGCAGUCUGAAACCCCCAAAGGACAUCCAGCCUGGCAUACACCCGUUCCUGCAGCCUCCGAAUUGUUUGAUGAGAAACCAUAGGAUUAUAUUAUUAUGGGAAUUUGAUCAGGGUUUUUUUUUUUCAUUUGUGGAACUAAUCCACAUGUAGCAAUUUUACAAUUGAAAGGAAGAAAAGCCUGGUUGUGUGGAAGUAGAUUUUUUUACUUUAGCCUAAGAUGAUGGCGCACAACUGCAUUUUGCUGGAGUGCUGUACAACAGUAAUCCAUAAGGUGCUUGCUGCAGAUGAAUCCUUGUAAAGUGAUAUACUGCAGCAUAUGCAUUGCCAAGCUCCAAUUCUUUGGAACUCACCCAUUUUAAAAUGGAGAUUGUUUCUAGAGUCCUCAACUCACCUUAGAUUACUCCUGGUAUCUCCCUAUGUAUGUCCAAUAUCCCAGCUUAACUAAUACUCUGAAAUUGCUCCUAGUUUAUCUGAUGUUUUCUCUCUGUGAUCUUACACCACUCAAGAUUAACCCUGAAUUCUCCAGCCAACCCUAAAAGUGAGACUAAUUUUCCAAACCGUCACCAGUUGGCCCAUAGCUGGCAUCCAGUGGUGGUACUCUGACAUGGUGGGUGUAUGACUACGCAGCCACACACUUUAUUCAGUGCUGCUGCCAAGCCAAAGGAAUAUGCCUUAAGGGUGGCAUUAAUAUUGGCCAAUUAUUACAUUGUACCUGACCAGCAGACCAACGUUUGCUAUGCUGCACACUACUGAUAUGGCCAAACUAAUAGGUUGUUUUUAUAGUCAACCAAAUAUAAAUAUUUCAGCCUGCUGGAGCACUGUUUUCAUAAAGAUUCCAGCUAGAACACUGGUUUUCUAAACUUGUGGAUGGCUGCAUCCCCCAAUACAAUAUAAUGUCACUACCCACAAUGGUGCCACUUAAGUCCUUUAUGUAAACAAUUUCUGGAUGUGUACCGGCCCAAAUGUAAUAGACUGCGAGAUUUGUGAAGUGCCAAGAUUUCAGUGAUUUAGAAUCCAGAUUUAAAGCAGCAAUUUUACUAUGCAAAACCAACUUGGUUUUGCAGUGUAAAAAUUGCUGUUUUAAAUUUCAGUGCUAAAUCACAAAAAUAUAGCACUCUAUCACAUUUGGGCCAUUCUCUAGGAGUCAAUGACAUCACUGUGUAUAGAUGGAAGUGGUAUUUGUUAGUAUGUAAUAAGAAUACUUGACCGUUUAAGGAGAAUAAUCAGGAUGUUGUUUUUUUUUUUUUUUUUAACUUUCAAACAAAAUUGUCGCUUAAUUUGCAAACUAAAGGCCCAUAUAGACGGGCCGAUGU